UGUGGCAAAAGUGUGCUAUUCUGCCGACAUGAAGAAAUGCGUAUCUUUCUUUUUGUUGGUAUUUCCAUGCAUUGGAUAUACGUGUGCAUCAACGCAAGGGCUUUCCCACCGAAACUUGAGUUUCGCUAGUUACUAUGGUGACCACAUGGUUUUACAAAAAGCCCCAAAGAGAGCCAACAUCUGGGGUUAUGCAUCAAGAGUCUCGGAGAUUGUGCGUAUCUCUCUUGACGCCACACCGCUUGGCACAGCAAGGAGUAGGAUGGGCCCUUCUCCAGGGACGAAUGUUUGGUCAUUCCAACUUCCGGAAACGGCGCCUGGAGGGCCCCACACACUCACUGCAGAAACCAGUCAAGAGAGGAUAACUCUAUCUGAUGUAAUGUUCGGCGAUGUGUGGAUCUGUUCCGGGCAGAGCAACAUGCAGUUUACCUUGAAUAUGGCAUUUAAUGCUUCUGAGGAGAUGGCUGAUGCCGAGAACCAUCCAGAUAUCCGGGUAUUUACAGUAACACUUGGAGGCUCUAGUACCCCUCAGUACGACCUACUGUCCGUGGAGGAGACAUGGUCGGUACCCUCUAAUGAAAGCCUUGGACAUUCGCCAUGGUCGUACUUCUCUGGUGUGUGCUGGUUGUAUGGGAAAUACCUCUCAUCCACCCUAAAAUAUCCUAUCGGUCUCCUGGCAACGUCUUAUGGAGGGACACGUGUAGAGUUGUGGUCUUCUCUGGAUGCUCUUAAGAAGUGCAACAUGGACAGCAACACGCUCAGGGUCGGAACAAAUUCAAGACAGGACCAUGAUGCAAUGGGUUUCUCGUCACUUUGGAACGCAAUGGUCAGGCCGCUGGUGAAUAUGACAAUAUACGGAACCAUUUGGUAUCAAGGAGAAUCCAAUCGCCAUGCAGACACUGGUGUGUCUACCUAUGACUGCACGUUCCCCGCCAUGAUAGACGACUGGAGAAUGAAGUUCUCUCAAGGAUCGGGGUCUCAAACAUCAGAUGUAUUUCCGUUUGGCUUUGUACAGCUUGCCCCAUACAGAAACAAUGACACCAUUACUACCGGCUUCACAGACAUUCGGUGGCACCAGACAGCUGACUAUGGCUACGUCCCUAACGACAGGAUGAAGAAUACCUUCAUGGCGGUGGCCAUGGACCUGCCGGACUUCUCGUCUCCGUAUACAGGAUCGUGUGAAGAACAUCGGAACCUUGCAAGUGCUACCCUAAAUUUUCUAAGGCUAACACUGAAAAGUAUUCAUCCCCGUGACAAGCAGGACGUGGCACAGAGGUUGUGUACAGAGGGCCUGGCUGUCGCCUACAACCGAACGGAGAUGGUGAACCUGCGUGGACCUUUCCCUGCAGCGUUUCGUGUACCCUCCGUUGACAACAGAACACUUGUCGUAACCUAUAAUAAUCAACCAAUGGGAAUCGAAAUAAGAUCGAAUGAUGGGUUCGAGGUCUGCUGUAUUCAAACUCCGACAACUGAUGUGUCGACCUACUGUGCUCUGUCUGACGAUGUGUGGCGCCCCGCACCCAUACAGAAGUCAGAUACUACGUCUGUGACGCUCUACUACGGGCAGGCAUGCAACUCUCAGGAGAAGCCCUCCAUUGGGGCUAUACGUUAUGCAUGGAGGGAGUCGCCAUGUCAGUUCAAGAAGUGUGCUGUGUAUAACAAACUCAGUGGUUAUCCCGCUCCUCCAUUCCUCAGAUAUAUUGUGUAGUGGUUUUAUAAAACUCCAAGUCUUCAGAGCAUUAUAUUUUAGGAUACGCAUCUGUACACACCAUUUAUAAAUGAAUUAACCUUCAAUGUAUGAGUUGUCUCUUUUCAAAUCAUGUUACCUCCGGAUCCACAACAUUACAUCACAAGUGUAUUUUCAGUGCAACGAAUACCCAUUCAAAACAUGUUGAAAUAAAUAGUGUAUAUCUAUCAUAAAA